AUGGUAGAAAAUAGACUGAGAUGGUAUGGGCAUAUCAUGGGAAGAAAGGAAUCAGAAGUAGUAAGAAUAAUAAUGAAAAUAAAUAGAGGAGGAAAAAGAAGAGGAAAACUGAAAAAGAGGUAGAUGGAUGUGAUUGAGAAUAAUAUGAGGACACUCAAAGACAACCGGUGUAUGGAAAGUAGGAGAUCAGGUCGUAUAGAAAUUUAGGUCUCGGUGGCCGGCCCUCAAUAUGCUGGAAUGAAGGUGAAUGAGUAGAAGACGAAUAUACUUUUAUUAUAUUAUCCGAAUAUACUUUCUAUCAGAUAAUAUAUUCUGAUGUAGACAAUGUAUAGACGAUUUUUUGAAAGGAAAUCUGACUGGGGAGGUAAAGUACUUAUUCUGUGUAGAUGUAGAAAUAUAUAUUGUUGCGUAGAUAUGUAUUAUAAGUAUCCCGCCAAUAUGCUUAGAAUCUUCUGUCAACUAAAAGUAGAGGGUAUAUUAUGUAUAAUUAUAAUAAUAAUCAUCUAGUAUAUCUACUAAUAUAGAGACUAUUUACAUAACGUCCCUUAUGAUCGAAUAAUUGAUUAUUCACGCCGGAUGUCAUUGUUGAAAAUCAUCUCUUAUCCAUUGUUCAAUGUAACAUAAUUUAAUUAUGUACUCUUCAUCUUCUCCUUGUUUCUCACGUAUUGCAGCCCGAAUUAUAAUUAUAAUACGAAAAUAAGUAUGGGGAUUACGCAUUUUUUUUAUCAUAGUUUUAUUUUAAGUAGAUAGAUAUUUACUAAAAUAUAAAAAAAAAAAAUGAUAGUGGUUAAAGAAACUGAAAACGGUUCUUGGUAUUCUUAUGUAAUUAAAAAAUAUUUACCAGAUUAUUAUAUCUGUUUCAAUUACUUUUAAACUAGUUUGGAUAAAAUAUUUUACAACGAAAAUUAUUUUUUUAUUGACACUUUUUAAUAGGCGUCUAGAUAAUAUUUCAUUUGUAUAACUGAUAAUAGUUGAUUGGAAUGAAUGUAUAAUGUAUAAUAAAAAAAGUCAUUUACCUACAUUAAACUUUUAUAGACGAAUAUGAAUUGUAAUCGAAUUAUUAUUCCAACUGUACAAAUAGUUAUAUAUAUAUUAUUAUAUUAAAAAUAAAUUGUAUUAAAAACCGGAUAAACUUCACAUCACGGGUAGGUCACUAUUGUAGGCAUAGGUAGUUGGUUGAUAAGUGGGCGGUUAUCGUUUCCGCCGAAAAACUUGAUUUUCGUUUCCGCCAAAACAAAAAAGGUCCGAAUAAUAUAUUGGAAUUUAUAUGAUUUUUUUUUAAAAAAAUCGAGUUCAUAACCAGUAAACUUGGUAAAAAUAUGAUUCUAGUUGAUGGGUUCAAAUUUAAUUUUUCGUACAAAUUGGUUCAAACAAAUAGUUUCUGGGUAACUCUAAAUGAACCCACAAACUUUAAUGUAGAUAGGUAUGUAGAUUUAGGAUUGGAGGAAACGAAAAUUGAACAUUUAUCAUUUUGGCAGAAACGAAAAUCAAGUUUUUUGGUAAAAACGACUGACAACCGAUAAAAUAGAAUACUAGAAUAUAUUAUAGGGUAAUUUAUUUUGUAUACUGUAUUCAGCUAUAAACUAUUAUAUAUGAAAACGAAUUCUGAGCGAAGUAGUAUUAUAGUCGAAUUUUUUCUAUACUGCCAAGGUAACACAGAAUUUAAAAAAAAAAAACAAAAAAUAUAGGCUCAUAUUUCAAUAAAUAUUUCAAAUAAAAUAGCCACCACCAACCAGAAAUCUCACGUAUUUUAACUUUUUAAGAUACUACAUUAAAAUAUUGGAUCAUUUUUUACUCGCAAAACAAGUAUUUUUUUAAAAAACCGACUUGAAAAAAGUAUUGGGAAUUUCGAAUAAAUUGUUUAAAAUAAUGUGUAACCAAGAGAAAAAUCCGCUUCCUUAAAGGUAUGAAGUGAAAAAUCAGAGUAUUUAAAAGUUCUUUCAUAAGAAAAAUAAACACAUAGUUGUAAAACUAAUAACUUCUUCAAUCUUCGAUAUAUAUAUACCAUCUCAGAAACUAAAGUUUAAUUAAUAUAUGUAAACAUGAUUUUGUUUUAAAUCACAAUUGAGUAAAAAAAUAGGAACACAUAAUUUAUAGAAACUUUUUAUUAUGUAUUUUGGGACUUUUUUUAUAAUAUACGGGGUAAUCAAUAUAUCAUAAGACACUCAUUAUUUCUGAAAGUAUUAGCUUUUUCCAGAAUUUAUUUUCUAGAAAAUUUAAGAAACAAGGUGCUCAAUAAUUUUAUGCAAUGUGUCCCACCAUGUUCAACGGAUUUUUCUAAAGCUGUUAAUAUUGAAUAUUUUUCAAUUUUAGAUUUCGAGCGUAGCGAAGAAGCUAUUGGUUUUACAAUGCUGUUUUUUUUCUUUCUUCUAGUCUGUGGACAUAUUUUACCCUAGUAAACUUACUCCAAUUUUGACGUGUAACAAAGCUCAAGUUGUCUAGAUGGUACUUUAGAAGAGUUAUUUUUUGAUUUUCGACGCCAUUUUUUAAAUAAAAGCACUGUGAUAAGUGAAAAGUAACGUGAGAAAACGUACAGUUUUACGAUUUCAUUAUUUUAUAAAAACACGAACGACAUUUACUACCAGAAAAAAAGGAUUAAUCGAAAAAUCACAAGAUACUUUUUUUAUUUUAUUUUUGAUUUACUUCCUUAUGGUAUCAUUGCCAAAACUUUUGAGCAUUUAAGGAAUUUUAAUUUUUGGGAGUUUUUUUGCUGUAAUUUGAUUAUAAAUUCACAUAGAAACUCGAAACUUAGUAUUAAUAUCUAUAUAGGACUUACUUAGACGUAGUAAAAUUUUCAAAAAUCAUCGGAUGACUUUUUUAAAUUUUUUUACAAUGGUACUUUAUUUUUUUUUUUUAUACUGUAGACCACUUUUAGCCUAGAAAACUUGUUCCGGUGUAUAAGUGUAGCAUCUUUUCUAAAAGUAAAAUUUAUCUACUUGGUAAACACAUAGGUCAUUUUUUUAAUUUUCGAAACGGCAUUUAAAAUAAAAACGAUUAACCGGGAAAAUAAAUACGAUUUAUUUUACUUUACCUUAUGUUAAUAGGCUUUUGAUUCUAUGAACCAUAAUACACUUAUGUCUGUUCUGGUUUAGGAGUGCCUCUUCCAUCUUGCGUUCAGUUCUACCUUAGUGAUAAGUACCAGUGGGUUAGGUGUUCUAUUAUUAAAUCUAACGUUUUCUUAAGUUCUUCCAGUGUCCCUCAAGGGGAUCACCUUUCUCCGUUAUUUUAAAACCUUUUUAACUAAUUUUACCGUAUUCAUUAACAAUGUUUUAUCGUUCUUUACAUAAAAUCCGACUACACUGUUUUUCCGAUAAUAUUAACCUUUUUGUGCAUGUUUGUUCGUUUAAUGACUACUUAAAACUGUAGGGUGAUUUCAAUUAAUUUUCUGAAUGGCUUGUAAAAUUGAUUCUGUUUUUCAACCCCCUUUACAUUUAAGGUUAAAUGUAAGGUUCUCUAAGAUUUGCUCACCUAUCUCUUUCGCUUAUCAUCUUGAUGAUACUAUUAUUAUGCUUCUCUUUGAUACCAUUGUAGAUCUUAAUUUUAAACUCAAUAGUAGACAAGUAGACUCGAUCCUGGCUCCCAUAUUGAUUAUAUUUUUUUUAAAACAUUAAAAACUCUUUAUUAUACGAUUGCCAUCGGAUUUUUUAUCGGUUAAAUCUCUUUUUUACGCUCUUGUGCAUCCGAUCCUAGAGUAUGGUGCGGUUGUUUGUUUAAUGUACCGAUUUUCUCGUUUUUCCUACGUUUUUCUCGGUUUUCCCAUGUUUUUUCUCAUUUACUAAGAAAAUUCUCGGGAAAAUCGAAAAAUGACCUAUUUAAAAUACCUCCCCAGUUAGAUUUCCUUUGAGAAACAUUGCUAUCAUUAUAAAUUGGAACAGAAUUGCUAGUAAAAAAGUUGUUCACAGAGAAAAAAAGCCAUAAUAUAUUUUAAUAAAUACCCAAAUUUCUAUAUUUUCCCAUUUUUCCACCUUUUUUUUUCGGUUUUUCAGAUUUGAUGAGAAAACUCUUGAGAAAAUCGAAAAAUGACUCGGCUAAAAUACCUCUCCACGCCGAUUUCCUUUCAGAAAAAGUGUUACAUUUAAAAAUCUGAGCAAGUCUUCUGAUAGAAAAAAUAUAUACUAAUAAAAAAAAAUUAAAUAACUUGUAAAACCAUAAGCUUCUUCGCUCCACUCAGAAUUUAAAAUAAAUUGUAUUCCUGACUCCCUUCGAAUAUUAUCUUAUGCAUAUGCCUGCUCAGUAAAAAUAAAGUAAAAUUCUGUUUACGUAUAAUCUAAAUAAGUAGGUAUUAACGAAUUAAUUUUUAAUAAAACUGAUAAGAGUUUUUAGAAUUUCAUAAAUAAUUUCUUAGUGACAAUAAUUAUUAAAACAUUUCCCCGGAUUUAGAUGACUUAAACUAAAGUCCCGUCCCCCCUCCACUUUAACCACUGCAUAAUACCAUGAAAAUAACUUCUAAACGCGUAACUACGUAAUAUUUUAUAAUACUUUGUGAUAUGUUUGACAUUUGCCGUUCUCACAUCUAACUUCAAAGCGUUGAAAAGUUCUAUUAAUGACAGGUAUUUUCAAGAUCGUUGGAAUGCAAGGUAAAUACGAGGAAUAAAGGACACGAGUCCUUUGAUACGAACAUUGUUAAAACAUUUUGCUGAAAAAUCAAAUCAAAAAUAUAUUAUUAUAAAAGUACAUACCUAAUACCUAGGUACCCAAUAUUAUUAUUGUAAUUUAUAGGUAUUAUUCGAUUUCAAACUAGUUAUAGUAUCUAACCGUAAUUUUGUACUAUAUCUUUUCAUAUACGUGUUAGGUAUAUUAACUUAUAUACGAAAAUAGAACCCCGUAGCACGGGGGUUCAUAACCGGUGGUCCAUGGACCCCUAUGGGGUUCGUAGAUGGUAACUCGGGGGUCCACAAAGUGGGUGUAAGAUUUUUAAAUUUACCCAAAUAUAAAUUUGUUUCAAAUUAUUCCAUGAAUCAAAAUCGUCGGUCAAGAUAAAAAGUGUAAUGUAUCAUAAUGUAAACUUUUAUUGUGAUCAUUGUGUUCAUUAUAUAUAUUUAUUAUUUACGUAAGUUUGAGUGGUUGUUCAUAUUAUUUUAGUAAAAUAUUCGAUAACGUUAUUUCCUAUUAGAUAAAAAUGAAAUUUGUUCACUUGGUCACUCAAAACAACGGGAAAAACCAGUCAUUAUUAGUUCAUACAAUAUCAUAUCUAGAUUACAAUAUUUAUGAUUACUGUGACAAUACAAUUUAACAAUUUUAACUGAACACAAAUUUGUGAACAUCUUGACGUUCUUGAAAAUUCAUUUGGUGAUUAUUUCAGUUCAUCUUCAAAAGCAGAAAUGUGGAUACGCAAUCCUUUUAUUGUUGACUUAAAUACUAUUGAUGAUUCAGAUCUUGUUAAAGAUGAAUUAAUUGAUUUAAGAUUAAAAGAAAUGACACGGCAAUAUUUUCAAACAAAAAAUGUAAUCGAAUUUUGGUGUUCAUUGACAAAGGCUUAUCCACUGGCUGUAUAUGGCAGUGAAAUGUUUGAUUCCAUUUGUCACUACAUAUCUCUGUGA